UACAUACUCCUGUCUGGAAUUCACACCGUGCAGUGCACCAGGGAGUUUGGUUUAUUAUACCAGAGAAUGAGACUUGUGCAUCCCUGAGGUUUAGCUCGAAAUUCAGCUCAGGUUGCCACUGGUGAUAGAGUCUGGCUCCUGUGCCCUGUCAGAAUAUCACGUAGGCUUGUGUGUGUGUGUGUGUGUGUGUGUGUGUGUGUGUGUGUGUGUGCUCUCCUUUCUGUGUCUAUUCCUGUCCCUGAAUAGAACAAUAUCGAGUGGACCGACUCCUGCUUUUACUCUGUUUUUGUAAUUAUGUUUGAUCACAGCAGGUGUAGGCGCAACCAGACAGAGAGUGUUUUUGUUUGGUCUUGUGUCCAUUGUUUUCUCUCCUCAGCCCUGUGUGACAAGACCACCAAGUUCAUGAUGAUAGCAUAUAACACACCCCUUUGGAUUCGUGUGGAGUCCUCGAAGCACAUCAGCUGUUUGUUUUAUUCAUCCACAUAGCUACGGUGACACCUGUUUGAUUCCUGGAGAUGGUGGGAAAAUAAGUGCAGUGAAAGUGAUUGACUCUUCUUCCAUGACAGUUUCUUCUGAGGUGACAGCCCAGGAUGGCUGAGGUGUCACAAGAGGAGAGACUCCAGGCCAUCGCUGAGAAAAGGAAGAGGCAGACAGAGAUUGAAAACAAGAGGAGGCAGCUGGAUGACGACCGACGACAACUCCAGCAUCUCAAGUCGAAGGCACUGAGGGAGCGCUGGUUGUUAGACGGAGCUCCAGCUGAGGAGGAGACUCAGAAGCGUCUGCAAGAGGAUGAAGUGAAGACCAAACUCCUGGAGCAGGUCAUCCUCAGGCUGGAGCAAGAGAUUGAAGAACUGGAGACAGACGUGCCAGCCAAUAAAGGUGUGGCCAAAGAAAAUGGAGGUGAAAAUGGAGUAGUGCAGACCUCUGGUCAGACCCCCAAAAGAGAGGUGACAGGGAUUGAGGCCAAGCUGCUGGGUCCCAGUCCUGACCAAGCUAGCGCAGACAACCCUGUUACCCUUGUGUUCAUGGGCUACAAGACCGUCGAAGAGGAGCCGGAGACCCGCACGGCCUUGGGAAUGGAAGGGGUAGAUGGCAACGUCAAGGCUGAGUUUGUUGUGAUCGAGGAUGGGGAGGGCAAAGUGGGAGGGGAGGCAGCCACAGAAGAGCAGGCUCCACCCAACGGGAGCAUGGCGGAGAAAGAAAAGGCCAAUGGAGGUGGCGAAGAUGGGGAGAAGGAAAAGGAGAAGAAACAGACCUGCAAAUGCUGCACGGUCAUGUGAGCUGUGUGUGCAUGUGUAUGUCGAAGAGUGUGUGUGUUGGGUGUGUGUGGGUGAGUGCACACCUGCUCCUGUGCAGGCAUGUGUGCCAUUGCAUGUGUCUGUAUUUGCAGAUGUGUGUAACUUUGUGUCUGUGUGGGAGAGAGAGAGUGUGUGUGUGUGUGUGUGUGUGUGUGUGUGUGUGUGUGUGUGUGUGUGUGUGUGUGUGUGUGUGUGUGUGUGUGUGUGUGUGAAUGUGUCAGGACUGGAAAAAAACAAAAAACCGAAGUACAGCUACACAGCCAAUAUACCAACAAUGAGAGCCAAUACAAGCUCCAGCUACAACAACAAGAACCACAGACUCAUAAGUACACUUUACUCUGUAUACUUUCUCUGAUAUGUAUUUGACUUUUGAUUUCUAUUGAUAUUUUUCUAUUUUUCUGUCUUGACAUUUAUAUUGUAUUCAGUAUGUAUAUCUUUAUUAUGGGACUGUGUACUGUAAGUUCAUUGUUAUUAUUGUUGGGAAAAAAGAAAAUGUAUUAGCUCUCUGGAUUGUACUGCUACCCACCGGGAAAAUCUGGAAACUUUAAAUCAUUUAAGUCAAAACAGCAAGCUAUGAAGGACACAGAUACUUAAAUAUAUAUAUUUCUCUGUGUAGGCCUACCAACUAUUUAUCGGUCAAUUUCAUAUUGCAAUAUUGUCUAAGAUAUUAUUUUAAAUAGUAUUUUAAUAUAUUGAUAUGAAAUUAUGUUUUAUACAAUGUAUUUAUUGUUUUUGGUUCUCUAUAUCAUCUCCAACCAUUAACUGCAUGUAAGCUUGUAAGCACUACCAGAUUUGCGUUACAAUCAUUACAAGUGUCUGUGCUUUCUUAGACUCAUAUGUGCUCAAAUCUUUUUGUCUUUCUAUCAGUAACAGUUCAUAAUAAUUGGCAGUGUUAGAGAUGUGCAUUAAAUUUUAAAAGAAAUCAGCACGGAGACAAUGAGGCUAAUUAGAACAGUGAACAUAUUGCAAAUCGCAUCAGCUUCUCAUAAAUACUAUAUGUGACACAUGUACAUGAAGAUCACAGCUUUUGUAUUUUUUAAAUAAGAUGGAUACACUUACUUAAUGAUCAAUAGAGUCAUGACAGACCAUUGCACAACGAUUAGAAAUGCUUAACUAAUUUUGCUCUCACAACAGUAGAAUCAAUGUAAAUCUUAUGAGGUAGCACUGCAUGAAGCCUUGCAACUGUUUUGACUGUCUUGUCACUUGUUAGGUCUUUAGUAUACGCUAUCACGUUCACAUGAAUGUAAAUCCAGGGGUUAAAUUGGGAUUCGCUCUAAAAUGAUGAGAAGAGGCGCGCUUGCUAAGCUCACCGUAAAGGAAAAAAAACGCUUUUUGUCUCUUUAUGAACCAAAUAAAAUCUGAUGAUACUGUAAUUUCACUGUGUUGGUCGGCUGCUGGUUUCUGUCCUGCUCGCUCCCAGUUUAAUCCCUGACUUUUGUCCGUAGACCUGGGGCCCAAUAGUACUUGAAUAGAUUUACAGAAAAAGACAAAGAUGAAGGGCAUCUGAAUAGACUUUUCUCACAAAUAAAGAUACUCUCUGGGGACCUUAAAUCUCUCCAGCAAGACAAAAAUGUAGAGUAUUUAGCUGUGCCCAGGUACCCAAGCUUUUAAAAAUAGGCCAUAUUCUAGAAGAAAAAACAGUCAACCCUUUUAAAACUGCAUGUUGCUAGCGAGACAAAUCGUGCAUAUACAAUAUAUCGAUUCAAAGACCUGAAAGCCUAUUGAAAUAAAUUUUGGCUCAGUAGAGGCCAUUGACGGUCUUGGUCGGUGAUCCAACUCCAGCAAUGUUUCUAACCCCCCACCCCCCACCCCAGGCUCACCCAUGUCUCUGAUUCACCCACACACCAUCACCAUCAUCUCAUCGUCAAACUGUUUUCAUCCACGUCGUCAAAUACACACACCCCCACCUUCUAUGCUCGGAGACACGCAGUUCAAAAACCUCUCAAGUUGGUGCUAAUCCUGAGUCUCGUCUAACACUCUCCAUCCACCAACUUUUCUUUUUUUUCUGUUCCCUCUGUCUUACUCAAAUCACUGGUGAGGGGGGAUUGUGGGAAUCUACUGCCUCCUGCAUACACUUUUGCAACCUUCAGUGCCAGAUGCAUUCUCUCAAGUCCUGCCUACAUUUACCACCAGAGAAAUGAUCCCCUCUAACAUUCCAAAGGGAGGUCAGCAGGCGUGGACAGAUGAAAUAUAGUCUAUGCUUUCCAUAUGUACAGUUCCACUGUAAUUGUACAAUUUGCAAUUUUGUUUCUUAUAUUGACUCUCAUGUUUUUCUUUCCUAUGGCCUCUUUGCAAGGCAGUAUAUUGUAUUUGAUGUGUGUAUUUUUAAAAAAAAAAAAGAGAUUACAUCUGUGUAUUGUUGGUGCCUUUGUCAGGUUCAGUUGGUUGGACUUGUCUGUCUGCUGCCAUUUUUUAGACCAGGGUUUUUCUUGCUCUGCUCCUGGUCAUGAUGACCCACUGGAAACACUGCCUUCUAGUCUAGAGGGUCACAACACUACUAUAAUAGAAUAUAAUACCCAUUUUCCACAUUAUAAAUAAAUGCAGCUCAAACAAUAGGUAAUAUGCAGAGUACUAUUGAUGUCUUGAAAAAACUCUACACAUACAAGAAACCACACCCAGGUUAACAUUUUGCUGGCAUACAAACUUUAUGCAGGAGACUAACUGACAGUCUAUGUAUUUAUGUACAGUAUAUUCAUGUAUAUACAGUAUGUGUGCAUGUCUAUAGGCAUACAGACAUACAUCUGUAUACAUAGAAAUACAUGUAAAUUUGUUAAGCUAAAACUUUGCUUAAAAGUGGGUCUCUGGGACAGCAGCAGAAAAAGCAGCCUUGUGUUAAACCAAUGCCUGUUCAUCUAUUCUGUGGUCGUCUAAAUGUUUAAUCUUGAAUAAAACUACUGUUUGUUUACGGCAA